GUAGAUGCAAGCACAUAAAAGAACCAGAUGAUUGAGUCAAGGUUUGGUUUUCUGAAGGCCAAGAAACUUAUUCGAAUGAGGUGAAAGAGUGGAAGGAAGGGAAAUCGGAAAUAAAAAAUACAAAUUAAUACAAAUUAAAUGAGAACGUGAGCCUGGAAGGAGAAAAAAGUGGGUAGUGGAGAGUUUUUUGGUUCUGAAAUCAGGCGGGACUCUUUUUUUCAUCCCGCUUAACACUCUGCCACAUCAGCUUCCUAAAAUCACUCUAUGGGCAGGAAAUUUUGAAUCGGGGUUGCAGUUUUACUUUUCAGCUAUAAAUUAUACCGUUGAUUGACAAGAACUCAAAAAGGGGCCGAAGGCAUGAAGCAUGAUGGCAUCGGGCAAAUAUCUUGUUGAUUGGGCCGAUGGCCCGCUUUUUCUGACCUCUUGCUAGAGUGGGCCAAAAGACCCAGACUGCUAUCAAGUUUUGCCCGGAAAUUUUUCCAGCUUUCAUGCAGACUGCAGAGUGAACGCCAAGCGAUCUAUGGAAGAACAGAGGAAUCUCUAUUUGUUGAGUGGAAGCAUUCGCUUACUUGGAGUGCUAGUCACCCUUUCCUUUCCAAUAAGUUACAACAAACAAGAUAUAUGAUAAUGAUGCUUUAUGGGAUGUUGUAAGAAUCAGUUGAUCCCGAUAACUCGAGUUGUUGAGAGAUGUUUAAUUGUUGAUCAUAUACCACUAACUAACAUACGUCUUCAAACGAGAAUCUACUCAAAUGAGUUUGAAGUUUGCACAUAUUUGAAUGUCGUGUGCUUAGUAAAUGAGGGUCAUCGGGAUUCGGAAGACCUCUCGGUCAUAUAAAACUCUGAUACAAUCAUUUUAAAGUGAAAAUAUGUAUAGUUCACCUCGUACUUUUGCAAGUUACAUAUAUGAUCAGUUCGAUAUUUUGAAGCAAUCACACCUCUAGUUUUGAACCAACAGUAUUGCUAAUUAGAGAUAUAACACAACACAUUAGGUGACUUCAGAGUUGUUCCAAAUGAGGACUCGAAUGUCUCCACAGCUAAGCUACAAGUACUGAAAUUGAAAUGUGAAGGAAAUGGAGGAUCGAUCUGAACAGAAUCACAAAUUAGAGGGAAAGACUGCAAAGCAGCAAUCUUUGUGGCGGGCACUCAAUUAUUUAGCCAGUCAGUGAGUCAAAUCAGUCCGCGGGAAGAGUCCCCGCCGCGCCACCGGCCCACCACCGUUGAACUCCUCCCUCCUUAAGGCACGUGUGAAUCGCCAUUCCUUCCCGUGGUCCUUUCUUCCUCCCCCAAAUCUCAAAAUUCCAGUUGGUCCAAUAAAUUUCCUAUAAUCUACUUCACUCGCUCUCUUCUCUGCUUUCUCUCUUCCUCCAAUGGCCGCUUCUUGCCCGACGGUGGCCGCUGCUCUCACUGCCGUCGCCGCCGGUGGGAGAAACGAAGCGGCUUCUUCUGGGUGCUUGCGUUUCUACUCCGCUGCGGAGGGAAGAAGCCGGAGAUCGCGAUUCAUCACUCUCUGCUCCGACCCAUUUUCUGACUCCUCGCCCUGUUCGACUUCGGGUCGAAAUGCCCCGACCCGAUUCAUCAAGAGAGGCGAAAUUGGGACCGGGUGGGCUUCUUCCUCGGUCGAGGAGGAGGCGUCGGCGGAGAAUCCCGCCGGCAAUGAGGGAGGCGGUGGUGCUGGCUCGAUCUCCGGCAUCCAAAAGCGGCCUUUGUGGAGGAAGAUUCGGUUUCGCUCCAGGAAGUUGAGGAGCGUUCUGCUGCUCAAUGUCGUCGCUGUUGUUUACGCAAGCGAUAUCUGUAUGGUGAAAGCAGUAGAGGCAACAACUGAUCCAGCUGCCUUCGCAGCAGUACGAUUCCUGGUGUCUGCAAUCCCAUUUGUGCCUUGCUUGCUUCAAUCAAAAGGCGACAGUCAUACCCGAAACGCAGGAUUCGAGCUCGGAUUAUGGGCUAGUUUGGGUUACCUUAUUGAAGCAGUUGGUCUACUCACUGCUGAUGCUAGCCGAGCAUCAUUCAUCUCCUUGUUCACUGUUAUUGCUGUGCCAUUGCUUGAUGGCAUGUUAGGAGGGAUAGUUCCAGCUCGUACCUGGUUCGGAGUUCUGAUGUCUGCAAUUGGUGUUGCCAUGUUGGAAAGCAGUGGGUCUCCGCCUAAUGUUGGAGAUCUAUUGAGCUUUCUGAGUGCUUUAUUUUUUGGGAUUCAUAUGCUACGAACUGAGCAUUUCUCGAGGAAGAUGAAGAAAGAAGACUUUUUGCCACUUCUUGGAUAUGAGGUAUGUGUUGUGGCCAUGUCAUCCACGAUUUGGGUCGUGAUUGGAGGAUUGCUCGACGGAAACCGAGAGCUUAGCCAAUCCUCUUGGAGCUGGUUGAUGAUGUGGGAUUGGGUUGUUUCAUUUCCAUGGAUGCCAGCUCUUUAUACCGGUGUAUUCUCAACUGGAUUAUGUUUAUGGGCUGAGAUGGCUGCAAUGCGUAGUGUCUCAGCAACUGAAACAGCAGUAAUCUACGGGCUAGAGCCCCUGUGGGGAGCUGGUUUUGCUUGGUUCUUGCUCGGGGAGAGGUGGGGAACUGCAGGAUGGAUUGGUGCUGCUCUUGUUCUUGGUGGAAGCUUGGUGGUGCAGAUACUCGGAAAUGUGAGUGAAUACAUCAAGAGUGAAUCGAAGGAGAAGAAAGUCGGUCUGGUUUUGGUUCCUGAAAAGCAGAGAAACCUCUCAGCUACACCUAUACUUGUCAGGUCGAAGAAGGAUGCUACUGAUUUGUUGAAGUGAAUAAGAAACUCUAGCUGCUACCAACUAUAUAAUAGCAUAAUAUAAGCAUCCAUUGAAGCAGCUGCAAGAGAAGAACGUAUGAGAAUCAGAAUCCAAAAGAAGAUAUGAGUACAUUCAGAUCAGAACUGUAUUGCAUCAUCUGCCUGCACCUCAGACGAAAAGAAAGACAGGAGUUUGGAAGUGCAGACCAUCUUCAAAUACUCGAGCUGUGGUUUGUAAUGAGAAGUGUCUGGUAAGAGGCUAUCCAUCCUUAACUCUCAUAGUGUUCGAGCAGUAACCUGAACUCUGCAAUAUACAUAGGGAAGAUAGUCAGUGUACAGAUUAUUGUAAGUAAAUGCAUAAAGAAGUGUUCUUUUCUUUGUAACAUGAGAAGAUGAGUAGAUAUUUCUAUAUGUGAUAAUAUAUUCUGCCUCCCAUUGAUCCCAUCUGAGAGUUCACAAACUUUCAUUACAUCCUCUAAUCUGAUUGUCUCUGUAAAUUUCUCUCUCCUAAUACAAGAAAGAAACUAGCUAGGAAGAGGAGGUUCUCUUUUGUCUUUGAUGGUCCCAGAGCCCCCCAUAAAAGGAGGAGGCAAAGCAACCUGCUUUCAAGUUAAUGGUGCUGUCAUAAUGAGCAGAUUAAGAGAUCAAAUCUCUCAAUUGAAAAGGAAAAAGUACAUUACAGCAUCCAUUUUUUUAUUAUGGGGUGAAGAAUAAACUGAUUUCCAUUUGUAAGGAGACACACCCAGCUUUUUGCAGUGGGCUUUUUAACAUAUUGGGAAGUUGUUAAUUGUCCCAUGAUUAUAAUAUUAUGUAACUCUAUGUUUAGAAGCUCAGUUCACAUGGGGCUGGCUUGGUAUUAGUCUAUUAGAUAUCAAAUAUGGUAGUGACCAGUGGGAAAGUAAAAACAUCUGCCACCAACUUAUGGUGAAUUACAUAAAUAACUGCUACCAUUUGAGUUACCUCCUCAUUUAUUUCGACUAUCGGAUCAAGUUUCGAGUUCAAAUUGCUCAUAAAUUAUUAACUCAUUUAUUUCGACUAUUCAUGUAUCUAUUUAUCUGAAUUCUUAACAAAAAAGAAUGCUCUCAAAUUAGCAAUCAAGUAGGUAGGGUAAAAGAGAUUCAAAUAGUUGGUUGCAUAAGACCAAAUUUAGUGAAGGAUCAAAAGUCCAAAUAUUUGAAACUAAUGCACUUUAGUGGGAUUCUAAAAGUCCAAAUAUUUGGAUUGGUCCAAAUUCUGGUUCCAAAUUUGGACCACAAGAAGACAAAGAAUUCUAAAAUUGUGGGAUCCAAAAUGCAAGGGACGAGUGAUGGGCGCCAAUAAGGGAGAUGAGAUGCACUCAUAGCCGGUGUAGGUUUCUUCUUGUCCGUGGCUGCCGCUGCCGUCCAUGCAUGGGUUUAAUUGGUAGCUCUCUUAAUUUGUAAAUUUUUUAAUUACCUCUUCGUUCUCACUUCACCAUAUAAAAACAAAAACCUUAAACCUAUUUAAUUUGUACAUGUUAAUUGAACAAGAAUGAUUGUAUUUUAGUUAAUUAGGGAUAAGCAAUAAUUAACAAAAAUCGUGCUAAUUAAGAUGGGUAUGAAAUUUAAUGAUGAAAUUUUUAUGUUCAAAUUAUAAAAAAAUAUAUCGAAAUGUUCGUCUUAAUAAAUUAUUAGUACCUAUCUAAAAAUAAUGAACAAAUUUUGUAAUUAGAAUGAUAAAAUCUACAUUAAACCGAAAUAUGAGUUAAUGCCAAAUUCUGAAAUUUUGAACUUUUGGAACUAUGCACUAAUGCAAAAACACUUUUGGAGGGGCUAGAAUUAGAAUUAUAGCCCCAAAUUUUGGAACUUUAGGACCAUGCACUAAAGAUGGUCUAAUGGAUUCAGAAUCACGUAUUCAGUAGAUUAGGAUUUGGUAUGAGCUAAAUUGUUAUUCACUUUGAUUAGUUAACGUCUAUGUGAUCGUGAACUCAUCUUACCUACUGAUUCAAUGUUAGGUAUUGCUAAUUUGGGACAAUCCACGAGGAAAACCUGAUGAACACCAACAAACUGACUUUUAUGUUAUCUGAAACAUCAAUGACAAGUAUGCUAAAUACUUAAACUUAAGUCACUGAUUUGUGAAUGGCCCCAAAACCCUUCCUUUCUUCCAUUUUAAAAAAGCCUACACAAAUGCAACAACAAAAAAAAGCCUACACAAUCCCUGGUGGUGGGCUGGUGGCCACCUUUUUAUGGGUUUCUUCUCUUUUGUUUUUAUAUCAUUUGUUUAUAUUUAUAUAUCUCUCUCACUCAAUCUACUGAAACUAGAUCAAACCCCAAUCUCAUCUCCACAGUCACUUUUUUAACCUUUUUAUAUCUAUGGCAGUUUUUGCAGAGUGAGAGCAGCAGCAGAGGGAAAUAAAAACCAAAAGAACUCCCUUCUUUUCUUUCCCCUCCUCUAGUUUUACUUUUUCUUUAUGCUCUCUUCUAAGUUUCUUUAGUAGAAGUCAGAUUGCGACUGUGGGAAGAAGAAGAUCAGAGUGAGACCCUUAACAAUGACAGUUUAGCCUCUUUUAGUGACUUAAGUACUGAUUAGUGGGCAAUUAGUACACAUAGCCCAAAUGUGAGUUCAAAGUCUUACACAAGAUAAGUAUCAACUUGGUCUAUAAAGGGAUUAAAUUUUUCUUAAUCCUUUCUUUUAUCUCUUGCUUAGAAUAAGAUUUUACUUUGUUUUUUUGAAAAUGGACCAAAUUACUAUGAUAUCACUGGUUUUAAUAAUUAUAUUAUAUAGUGCUGCUGUAAGCAAGUAAGCAAAGUCCAUAAAUAAACCACCCUUACACAUAUCCCCUUUCCUCUCUCUUUCUCUUCUGCCUUUCUCUCUCUUUCUCCACUUCCAUAUCUCCAUUGCUUCUCCGAGGAGCUCAAAGUUUGAAGCUUUUCCAAGCAGCAAACAGCUGCUGCAACAGAGAGCUCUUUUGGUGGCCUCUCCACCAUUCACACAUCAACAAGGUACAAACUUUGAUCCUCCUUUUUGGCACCUCUUCCCCCCUCCUCCUCCUCUUGCCUCACAAUUCUGUGUUUGUAAGAACUGUAAAGAUUGCACCUUUUCUCUGCAUUUCUGCAGCAUUUCAAGAUCUGGGUUUUACUCAAAACAUGGGGUUUUAGCAUAUUCAAAGCUCAAAUCUUUCUCAAAACUGUUGCCUAGAUUGAAACAAUGGAGGCAUAAUUACUCCCAGAUUCAUUAGGCUCCUUUUCAUUGUUCCUACUUCUUGUUUCUGUUCCUCAUUGUUCAUUGCUAAUCUUGCAGGGUUUUGAGGAGGAGGAAGACCCAUUUGACUUAAACCCAGUUCUGCAAUUUAGGGGUUUUAGUGAGGGAAGUAAAAGAAAUGUGGACCGUUUGAUCAAAGUGGGAUGGAUUGGUGAAAAAAAGAAGAUCAUCAUCAUCAAUUCAUCACUAGUCAAAAUCACCUUCCUUCUUCUUUGUCUUGGGUUUGGGAGCCCUACUUUUCUCAUCAGGUACCACUCCCUCACUCAUUUCAUCUCAUUUCUUCUUCUUUUUUUAACUUUUUACUUUCAAUUUCAAAAGUGUGUCCAAUUUCGCUUUUCCCCUGGCUUUUUCCUCAGACAUUCUGUCUCUUGCUGUUUCUCUCUUGCUCCCUUUCUUUCCCUUUCCCUUUUUCUUUUCCUCUUAUAUCAAGGAUUACAUAUUUACAUUACAGUACUGCAAGUCUGCAACAAUGCAACAUAUAUAUAUAUAUAUAUAUAUGCUUGGAUGUUGCACCCUGCCCUUAUCACCGUACACGUGUCCAAACAUACAUCGUUGAUCGACCCCCACCAUGUCUCAUUCCAUUCCAAAGCCCGACCAUCCCGGAUUCCUAUGUUGGGCUUAUAUGCAUUGCAUGCAAUCUUUGUCUUUGAACAUUGGGGAAGGAGGUGUUUGUUUGUGUUUUCAAGUCAAUUUUUUAUUCUUUUUAAGUUUAAUAAGUUUAUUUGUUUUCUUGUCUAGUUUUAUGCUGUAAAAGUGUAAUCUUUUUGUUUGAAUUGGGACGAUGUGACUACACACAAACAUAGAGUAAAGACUUGUAGUCAGAAUUACUAUCAUAAAUCCAUUUGGAUUAACUAUAGGUCACUUAAAGAUCAAUAUUUUGGGAAGGGUGAGAUCAAAGUUUUCAACUUUCAUGAAAACCAAUCUCAGAUCAGGUCUUGAAUUGCCCUGAAAUGUGGGGGGUGGUUGAAUUUUGAGAGGGUUUUGGGCUAUUGGAGGUGGUUGCUUGCAGUUUACUAAGCUUAGGUCCUAGCCCUCAUUAGGGUUUUGGAAGUUCUGAACUUUUGUUUGGCCCAAAACAAGUGUAGGAAGGGGAAAGGAACAGUUUGCAGAACUAUGUAUCUAGCAAACUGCAGGAGCCAACAGCCCUAGAAAAGAGGGGCAUUCACAUUCACCAUAAGGUUCUGCAGAACUUUCUGCCCUUAACAUGGAUACCAAAAACCCGGGGGACUUUGCUUUUCUCCCACCCAAUUGCAACUUGCAAGUGGGAAUGCCCUUUUAAGGGGUGCCCUUAAUUUCCAACAGGUAGGGCAAUGAACCAUUUUUUCCAAAUAGUCCUAAGCUAGAAAAUCUGUUAUUAGGUUAAAGAAAUAGAGGUAGUAGGU